AUGAAAAAAUCGACCAUGACCAUGAGGUUACUCUUCCUCUUAAUGAUAGAAUGUUUCUUGCACCAAGUAAAGGGCCGACAGUGUAGCACGACUGGCACCAAGGGAAUAGCUCCCUGCCAGUGCAACUUUAUGGAUGCCUGUGAUGCACAAGGAAACCCGAAACCCAACUUAGCACAAUACUUGCCAAAAGGUGUGGAUCGGUUCGGGUUUUUCGAGCAAGGACGACGAAACCUGGCGUAUUUGUGUGAAGGUGGUAAUGCGGUGGGCAUUCUGUACGACUGCAAUAAUCGAAUUCCUCUCUAUGCAGCCACCGUGAUAAAUGGGGCCCAGUUAUCAGGAAAGAGCCUCGGGGGUCGACCAAGCAUUAAAUUUUCUCAAAGCACCUUACUCCGAACGGAAUUUCAACAAAAGAAUGCAGAUUACGUACGCGCUACAAAGCGAGAACUUUGCUAUAAACGAAAAGGAAAACAACAACAACAAGACAAGUACGUCGUCGACGAGAACUGGUUAAAAGCAAGUGGAUUUAGAAAACGUCUCAGGAAUGAUGACUGUCCUAAACCACCGCUGUUCAAAACAGCAGUUCACCGCGGGCACUUGAUUGCCUCACAAUACGGCCGCAACAACCAAGCGAAGAAAAGAGCAACUUUCACAUACACUAAUGCUGUCCCUCAGUUUGGACUGUUCAAUUCGCAGCCUUGGCAAGUCUGUGAGAGCCAACUCAUCACAUGGGGAAAUCAAAACUGUGCUCAGGUCAGAGGAGCAACGAAUGUUCAGUUAUUUAUCGUAGUUGGUGCUAUCCCAUCGACAGUGCGUCAAUCGAAGGAUUGGCGAUAUUUUGGCAAAGGGGGAUUCAGCGACUUCGAAGACACCAAAGGCGAUUACCGGGUGAACGUGCCUAGAGAUUUGUGGACUGCUGCCUGCUGUACUUACAAACAUCAAGGAUCGUUGAAAUAUCGCAGCACGGCCUUCUGGAGAGAGAACAAUCCGGGAAACGCGCCAUGUAAAAGAACAGACGUGGGCGGCUUGACGAGAGAGUUGUCCAAACGGAUUUCCCGUGGGACUGUGAGUUUCAAUCUAUUUCCGACUACAUCCGAGUGCAACUGGAAGGCAAAUUAUAUCCGUCUGCCGUGACACAGAAACCUGUCUCAGCCACCAUAGAUAAUGAAAGGUCGUUGAGGGCGUAGAGUUUAUAAUUUCAACAAGGAACUGUAAAUCUUUUUUUUUUUUUUUUAAUCGAUGUUAAGUUCAUUAAGACUUAAAAAACUCCGAGGCUUGUAAUCAUGGGCUCACUCGAGUUCACAUGGAAGCUUCCCUUUACAGACUAGCUUUUUGAACUAAGUAUUGAGUAAGAACACCAUUUUGGCGGUUCUAUUUUGAUUGUUAACAACGGCUUUCUUAGAUUGCAUUAGUAUCAAUUCUCUCUGACCUAAAUUUAAAUUUAAUAAACGAAACGAU